UGCAUCGAAUCAGUCCCAUUCGAGACACCGCGCGAAGAGUAUCACUCGGAUCCGCAAUCAUCCCGCUUCGUCAUGAAUAAAGUGCAGUACGAUAUGGCGGAAAAAGAUUUCCAUGCCAGAAGGCGAUGUUGUUCUCCGGUUUUCAUCGUAGUUUGGCUAAUCCUGGCACUGGCAUUGGUGGGUGGUUUCGCGACAGCGUUCUUUUUCCACCAGUAUUCGGAUCGUAACUGUCCCAGUGGCGGAACAAUUGAUGGCAGUGCGGAAGGCCUCGGGUCGGGCACUACGGAGCUCCAGUUGGCAUUUGUAAAAACGAACAUGCAGCACGUCUUCAUGGUGAUUCACGAAAAGUUUGGAGUACUGUCCAAACCGGAAGAGCAGGGUAUCGAGGAGUUCGGAAGUUGCUUGCCAGAGGAUAGUAAGCAGAUGCUGGUGAUGGUUCCGCCCGGUAACAUAUUCGUGCUGCAUUUGCGCUACGAUGGUGAAGGCCGGUGCGUUUAUGGAUUCCUGAGACACAUUGGAUACCAAGAUGGAGAACAUUUGAGACACAAACUUGUAGACGCGUUGAUUGACAACAGGGAUGUGCUCAAUUUGAAUUCAUAUGCAUAGUGCCCAUUAUUGGUUAAAAGACUGCAAUUGAUCUGAGUAGUUUAUGAUCGUUUUUCAAGUCAUAGCUUCAUGACAAUCGCAAACAUUUAGUAUUACGAAAUAAAAUUAGUUGUAGUGAAGUGAGUAAAGACUGUAAUUCUGCUUGCCAUAGAAAUUUACAAAUUUUUUCAUUGAUAUUGACACCCACAGCUCUCAAUUAUAACUCUGGAAAUGCAUGACACCAUCAGGUUGAAAGCUUACUUUAGCUAAAUGCCUUAGGCUAGAAGAAAUUCCUAAAACAAGAAGUGUAGAUUUAAAGAAAUGUAGAAGCACAUUUA